GGCGCUUCCGGCGGCAGCGGGCCUGUGGUUGCCUCGGUGAUGUCGUGGGUUCAGAGGGCUACCUUGGUCCAGGGUUCUGGAGAGGAGGGGGACGUGUUUGACGAGGAAGCGGACGAGUCGCUCCUGGUGCAGCGGGAAUGGCGGAGCCACAUGCUGAGACGAGUCAAAGAAGGUUACAGAGAUGGGAUGGAUGCCGGCAAAGCAGUUACUCUCCAGCAAGGCUUCAAUCAAGGUUAUAAGGAAGGUGCAGACGUCAUUAUAAACUACGGACAGCUCAGAGGAACAUUGAGUGCUUUGCUCUCCUGGUGUCGCCUUCAUGAUAAUGGUUCGGCUCUGAUCAAUAAAAUAAAUAAUCUUCUGGAUGCAGUUGGCCAGUGUGAAGAGUAUGUGCUCAGACAUCUGAAAUCAAUCACGUCUCAGCCCCAUGUUGUAGAUUUAUUGGACUCCCUUCAGGAUAUGGACCUUUCUCACGUAGCUCCAGCUGAGAAAAAGAUGGAUGAAGCUAAAGAUGAAAGACUCUGUGAAAAUAAUGCUGAACUUCACAAAAACUGUAGCAAGAGCCUUAGUGAGGCAGAUUGUUCAUCUUUAGAAUGUUGUAGAAUACGGGAGCAUGCGCGUUCUGAAAACCCAAGCCUCACUUGGAUUUUAGAACAGACAGCCGGUUUAGUCAAACAGCUGGGAGUAUCGCUUGACGUAUUACAACACCUCAAACAGCUAUAAAAGUUCUCUUCACUUUUCUAAUGAAAGUAAUGGUGAGAACAUUUCUUCAAACAUUUUGUUUCUUAACAAACUAAACAAAAUUUGUACUGGUUUCUACAUUGAACACAUCACUGGUAGGUUAUCCUUCAUGGAUUAAAUAUCUUCAAAAUUAACACUAUUAAAUGUAAUAAGAGCUUUUUUUCUUUGUCACUGGUAAUUUUUAUAUAGUUUAAGGUACACUCAGAAACUCUAGUUGCCACAAGUUUCUGAUCAAAAUCAGGCAUUUUCAGACUCAUUAGCUAAAGUGAAGAAUAAUCAAAUGCAUUUUGUAAGGGCCUAACCUUGCUUUCUGCUCAUCACUAUCAGACAACUAGUCAGACCAAAGUUACCAUUAAAUAACAUUGUAAAUAGACACACAUAGGUGUAUAGAAAAAAAAAAAAAUAUAUAUAUACAUAAAUUAAGAGGCUAUCAGUGUAAGGAACUGUUUAUACUGUGUAAGAAUUUAUACUGUCUUACACUGUAUGCAGUGUAAGAAUGUUUAUACUGAUGAUUAAAAACAAAAUACUAAAAUUGGUUUUAGUUUUGUGUUAAAGGCAAGGACAUCAAUCCUGUGGAAAAAACGAAAUACAUUUCAUGCUCAAGUACCUACUUAGUUUUCCCACGUAUAAAGGAGUUAGUAAUAUUGUUCAGCAAUGUGCCAGAUUAUUUCUAAACUGCGGUUUGUCUCACAUAUUCACAUAAUAGUAAAACACUGAAUCCAUGGACUUCUGUAUUACCUCGUAGCAAUAUUCUUUGUCUGGAAUAGACAGAAUUAGACUCAAACUUUUGCUCCAGGACCUAUGCAUAUAAAAUCAGGAGAGGAAUUUUCAGCACUUUCUUGCCUCAAACACAAAGUUGUGUGAGGUGCCUACCUUCAGAGGCACCCAAAUAAUUGCCCUUUGUCAAUGGCCAUAAUUGCUUUUACACCAGUAUUUAUGUCUACUAUCUACUCUAAAAGACAUAGUAAGAGAAUUUGAUGUCUUUCAAGAGAUUAAUAAAAUAUUCUGACCUUAUAACCUCCUUAGAGUACAUAGAACAUGAAAAAAAGCAACAAAUUUGAAGUCAGAAGACCAUAUACUGUGGUGCCUGGCUGGCUCAGUUAGAGGAGCAUGUGAUUCUUGAUCUAGGGGUUGUGAGUUCAAGUCCCACACUGGGUAUAGAGAUUACUUAAAAUCUUAAAAAAAAUAGUAAUAUAUAUUUUUUAAAAAGACAUACUGUUUCAGGAUUUCUAAAACAUGCUGAAGAUAAUCAAAUGCCAUUUGACAUCUCCUUUUAAAAAAAUGCUUACAUUUCUCUAGAUUAAACAUUAUUUCAGAGAUUUA